UUCGCCCUUUAAUCUCUUUGCAUUGGCCACAGCGCUUUAGCUCAGCUACAGCUAGCUAACAGCAACAAACACAGCAGCCGAGACGUGAGUCUGGAGCUUUCGCCAAACGCAAACUCUGUAUCCAGGGCUAAAAUGGCCUCUCUAGGAGAACCUGUGCGUCUGGAAAGAGACAUAUCUCGUGCCAUUGAGCUGCUGGACAAACUCCAGAGAACAGGGGAAGUGCCUCCCCAGAAGCUGCAGGCACUGCAGAGGGUUUUGCAGAGUGAGUUCUGCAAUGCCGUACGGGAGGUAUAUGAGCAUGUGUAUGAGACAGUGGACAUAAAUAGCAGCCCAGAGGUGAGGGCGAAUGCAACAGCAAAGGCUACAGUGGCUGCAUUUGCAGCCAGCGAGGGUCAUUCUCACCCACGUGUGGUAGAGCUCCCUAAAACAGAGGAAGGACUGGGGUUCAACAUCAUGGGUGGGAAGGAACAAAACUCACCCAUCUACAUCUCCCGCGUCAUUCCUGGAGGCAUCGCCGAUCGGCACGGUGGCCUGAAGAGAGGAGACCAGCUGCUGUCCGUUAAUGGAGUGAGUGUAGAAGGAGAGCACCAUGAGAAAGCUGUGGAGCUGUUGAAGGCUGCUCAGGGUACAGUGAAGCUGGUGGUACGGUACACCCCUAAGGUUCUCGAAGAGAUGGAGUCGCGCUUUGAGAAGUUGAGGUCUGCCAAACGCCGGCAACAGAACAACUACCCCCAGUAGGGCGUCUCGCCUGAGCCCUCCGCCCCUCCCAUCUCUCCCUCUCUCUCUCCUUCUCUGUCAUUGUCUUUAAUUCUUCUGCCAUCUGUCUUCCUCGUUCACACUUGCUCACCCCCCCUUUCUCCAGCCAGGGAUUAGCCACAUGUUUGGCACUCCUUUUUGUGAGAAUUUUCUAAAUCCUCACAUCCUCAACAGUUUUUUAAGUCUUUUCACACACUUCUUUCUCAUAGCAUGAACACUACUACAUUGGCUCUGGAUGUUGUCAUGUAGACAUCACACACACACAUGCACUAUUGGUGCAUAACUAAGAAUGUACUGUCAUUUGGGAUGUUGAUUAGUUAGAUAUGCAAGGGGACCAUUGCAAUGUUCAACUCCUGAGGUCAUCUGAAUGAA